AAGUGCCGGGGUCUGCGUACAGCCAGGAAACUGCGUAACCAUCGCAGGGAGCAGAGAUGGCAUGACAAGCAGUAUAAGAAGGCCCACCUGGGCACUGCCCUAAAGGCUAACCCAUUCGGAGGGGCAUCUCACGCUAAAGGCAUCGUGCUUGAGAAAGUGUAAGACAACACUGUAAUGUAGCCGGUUACAUCAUACUGUAUGUUUUGGCUUCCACAAUUAGAUAGCUCAAAACCAUCUCUCCUUCUCCCUAGGGGUGUUGAAGCUAAGCAGCCCAACUCUGCCAUCAGGAAGUGUGUCAGGGUGCAACUCAUCAAAAAUGGCAAAAAGAUCACAGCUUUCGUCCCCAAUGACGGCUGUUUGAACUUCAUUGAGGUAAGACAUCUACCUGCAAAUACUUUUCCAUUACUCACCACAGCUCUCUAUUUCAAGUUACUCAUCAAAUGGCAAUUUUAUUUUCUCAAGAUGAUCCAUAUAUACUUUUGUUUUAUUAUGAAUUUGUCAUCUGAUCUUUGGACUCUGUCAUCUUUGGACUACCUACACAUAAUUGUUAGGCUUUUUAUCAUAACCACUGUUUUCAAAUCCUCAUCCUCCUCUCUCAACAGGAAAACGAUGAGGUGUUGGUGGCAGGAUUUGGUCGGAAGGGGCAUGCCGUUGGUGAUAUUCCUGGUGUCCGCUUCAAGGUGGUCAAAGUAGCUAAUGUCUCACUACUGGCCCUUUACAAAGGCAAGAAAGAAAGACCUCGAUCA